AUGCGUGCACUCCUGGUGUUCGCAGUUAUUGUGCCUCUGUGCGGUCUGCUUCUCGUAUUCUCACCACAGAUCGCUUUUUUCAAGUCAGCCCUAAGUCUCCCGCUUAGUUGGCCUCUUGCUACUCACCCGGAAAAUGAAGCCCUACACUCCGGUACCAGAGAACAGCAGCCACUAGACGUAGUUGGUUUCUCCGGCGGUCACAAGCAUUCUUCGUCAGGACAUGGUCAUGGCCACUCUCACGAUACACAACCGCUGAGCAUUCCCGGGCAGUUCAAGCGGAAAAUCGUAGCAGUAGGUGAUCUUCAUGGAGACAUGCCAAAUGCGCAGGCUGUCCUCCAGAUGGCGGGUGUAGUCGACGCUCAGGGUAAAUGGACCGGAAACGUCGACGUCUUCGUUCAGACCGGAGACAUCAUCGACCGAGGCGAUGAUACCAUAAAGCUGUACGAGUGGAUGGACCAGCUCCGAGAGCAAGCACACGCUGCUGGUGGUCUCGUCAUGUCUCACUUGGGAAAUCAUGAAUGGAUGAACAUCAUCGGUGAUUGGAGAUACGUUUACCCCUCUGAAAUUGCCACCUUCGGCUCCGUCUCCGCGCGGCAGAAGAUGCUUUCAUCCGGGCACAUAGGGAAGAGCUGGGCGGCCAACUACACGGUGACUAGUAGACUCCCGUUACACCCGUCCCUUGGCGAACCCAACGUCGACUUCGAUCCCUCAAACCCCUCACCUCUCUCCCACGCUGCUGUAUCAUUCGUGCAUGGAGGGCUCGCUCCUUCUUAUCCCGACUUAACGCCCUUUCCCUCGCAUAUCAACGAGCUCGGGCAAUCGCUCCUACGCAAGCUCCAGGCUCGCUCGCCGCCGCCGCCUCAUCCCCCCAACCCGUACCCCGGCUUGCCAGAUCGCGCUACGCCUGCAGAGCGCAGGUUGUAUGGAAGUGAUGGGCCUUUGUGGUACAGGGGGUGGGCGUUGGAUCCCGAGGAGAAGGUGUGUGCAGAGGUAGACGCAGUUCUCAAGAAGACUGGGACGAGGAGGAUGAUCAUGGGUCAUACGCCUGACUUUGAGAAAAUAGUUUCACGGUGCGACGGCAAGAUCAUCGUCAUAGACACAGGCAUUUCUCAUGCAUACGGCGGGGCAUUGUCCGCACUCUCCAUAACUUACACCCUUACUCCGAUAGCGAACAACAAGUGGCGUGAGAAGGAGGUGGUAACGGCGCUUUAUGAGGAUCAGCACUUGUCGAUCGCGAGUGAUGAGCGAGAGGUAUUCGGUGACUUUGCUGCUUGGUGA